AUGACGUCGUCAUCGCCUUUACUGCCGUCGACAACAGCCGUGGUACCGAUAGCGAAUGUCGAAACAAAUACGACGACGAAAAAACAAUAUUUAUGUUUAUUUUCUGUUAUUACUGCUGGAUUAUUAGAUGAUGAUUUAGGUUCUGAUGAGCAGGAAAUUACUGAAAUGAUCAAUCUUGUUAUCGAUGUAGAUCAAAAACGGAUGGUUGCUCUGCAUCGACAAUAUAUACGACCAUUACAUAUAGACAAUUUAACUGAUGAAUCAAAAGAAGCAAGUGGAGUUGAUGAAAAUUUAUUAUUUACAUCAGACAUUGAUAUCGAAGAUGCAUUAAGAAAAUUUGAUACAUUUUUACGUAGUCAGUAUUUACAUCCAGAUUUUAAUGUUAAUUUUACAUUUGUUUGUGAGAAUUGUCUUUAUUUACGUCAAUGUAUUCAUCCAGAAAGUAUUAAAAAAGGAACUAUGCCUUUACCAAGUUAUUAUUGGUCAUAUUUUGAUCUGAGACAUGAAUUUGAACAUAUGUACACAACAACUGAAUGUCAUAAUAUAAAAGAAAUGCUUGAAAUUGAUGAAACAGAUUAUUGUAUGCGUCAUGUUAGGAACAUGGAAUUAAUUAUUUAUCAAAUGUUGAAUGAUGGACAUCGUUUCGAAAAACCAGAAUAUAUCAUGACUAACUUACAACAAGGCCUAUGUUCAUUGGAAGAUAAUAUUGAAGAAAGUACAGUUGUUCGAGCACGUGGUUUACCAUGGCAAUGUACUGAUCAAGAUGUAGCUAAAUUCUUUCGAGGUCUUGAUAUUGAAAAGGGUGGAGUUGCCUUGUGUCUUAGUAGUCAAGGCCGUCGUAAUGGAGAAGCAUUAGUUCGUUUUGUUACAGCUGAACAUCGAGAAUUAGCACUUCGUCGACAUAAACAUCAUAUUGGCCAACGUUAUAUUGAAGUAUAUAAAGCAUCAGGACGCGAUUUUCUUAAUGUUGCUGGAGGUAAAUAUGUAUUUAAUUUUCUUCUCUCUUUAUCCAUUUAUUUAAUCGACUUCUCGUCUUUUUUUUUUUACAAAACUAUGUGAAAUUCAUUUCUCAGGUAUCACUACCAUUUUCAAAUGCUUUCAGUCAAGUGCUUCACACAUGCACAGACACAUACAUAAUAACGAAAGAAUAAAACGAGUAGAAGAAGAAGAAAAAAGAGCUUCCUCUUGUGAAAGCAAAUAUUAUUUAUUUGUUGUUGUUGUUGGCUUAAACUACAGAUCAUCUGAUAUGUCAUUUUACUAUAUACAUGAAAGAAGAAGAAAACGGAUUCAUAGUUUAUUUGAUGGCCAGUAUUCUUAUUCUACUUUGAGCUUCCGGGGGGAUCGAAUUCGUUCUAUUUGACAAAAGGUCGUCGAUCAUUAGUGAAUGACAACAUUUCGAUCUUAGUAGGUUAUGCAAAUAAGAAAGUAAACGAGAUAAGAAAAAGAUAGAGGGAGAGAGAGAAAGUUGACGAACUUCUAUAUUUAUUUGAGGAUUUAAAAGAUUCACUUGCGAAUAAAUAACUACUAUAUACGAAAGAAAGACAGAAUAAAAAAUAGAAAUAGACAGAGAAAAGUAAAAGAAAAGAAUGAACGAUUGUAGCGCAUAUCAUUAUCAAAUUGCGCUCAACUCAUGUCUAUGUCUAUAUGUCUGAUGUCUCGAUAAACAGAAAAAAAUACAUGUAUCAGACAUCGAUACAGAUGAGUUUUGUCAAAGAAAAAUAUUGAAAGAAACAUAAGGACUAAGCUAAUCUCUUUUAUUUUGUUGUCGAUCAUCGCGUAUCUAUAUCGAAGGUAAAUAAUUAAAAGUUUCUUCGAUGUAUAGAUGUUCUUUUGCUAAUAUCAUUAUCGUUGUCCCAUUAUGAUCAUCAUCACAAAUAGAAGGACAAAAACAGAAAAAAAAAGAAAGAGAUUGAAAGGACAAUAAUGAAAUAGACUCGUUUUCUUAUUCUUCUUUUUCCUUUAUCGAAAAGAAGAAGACGAGAAAAAGAGAGAGAAGGGGAGAGGGAGAGAGAGAGAGAGGGAGAAUGCACACUUGUCAGUCAUCAUGUAUGUGUGUUCAAGCUACUAAUAUAUCUGUCAACCGAACGACAACAACGAAAAUUUAUCGUUCUUACUACUACUGUUGAUGCUUGUCAGACGUGUUAAAUACUUUACUACUUCGAUCCGAUGUUCUUUCUUCAUCACUUAUUCUCUCUUUUUCUCUAAUCGAAAGUAGUGGUAAAUAAUUGACGCCGGUAAGGUGUCCCUCUCGCAUUCUCUUUCUUAAACGUUGUGCACAAAAAAAAAGAAGAAAAGAAAUCACGUCACACAUAAACACGCGCAACAAAUUCUCUAAGGUUUUACUCUGCUCACAUAUACACUCACACACAAACACUACAUUGUUCAAUGUGAAAUCUUUCGUAUAUAUAUAUACACCUACCAAUGGGCAAUACAAAAGGCGUGUCUUACAAUGGCAAUUUAUAUUAUCAUUAUUUGAAUUAUCUAAAAAGUUCGUAUUUUAAAUUUCGUUUCUCUCUU